AUGCAAGGAACCAGUCAUAGCUCUUUCUUAUCAGAUAUAAAUGUUGCAGCUGCUCAUCACGAUGUAGAAGUUGGACCACCCAGAACUGUUCAACUUCCAGUUCUUAUCCUUCAGUUGUUGAAGGCGGGUGGAGAAGCCUGGAAAAGGGGCUUGGUCAUCCCUAUCUGUAAAGGGAAAGGGGACCGAAGGGACUGUGGCAACUACAGAGGUAUUAAAUUGCUCAGUGUACCAGGCAAGGUCCUCGCUCAUCUGCUCUUGACGCGAGUGUGCGACCACCUUUUACAAACACAGAGACAUGAGCAGUCGGGUUUUACACCCAAGAAGUCAACUGUAGACGGUGUCUUAGCACUUUGUGUCCUUGUGGAACGCCGAUUUGAGUUUCAACAAGGUAUGCUUGCAGCUUAUGUUGAUCUCAAGAAGGCUUCCGACUCAGUGCUCCGAGAGAGAGAAUCUGGAGCUUACUGGGUCUCCAUGGGACCCCCCUUGGGAUUAUUGGUCUCAGAUCUUGACUUUGCCAGUGAUGCAGUGAUUCUAGCGGAGACAUUGGAGGUCCUGGAAAUAGCUCUCGAGGCGCUGCAUGAGGAGGCGAAGCCGUUUGGACUCUCGGUCAACUGGACCAAGAUCACGGUACAGUACUUUGGGGACUUGUUGGAUGUCGAUAUUCACUCUGUGCAUGAGAUCUUGGAUAGCUUCACUUAUCUUGGUAGUGUAGUGCAGAGCGAUGGAGGUUCUGACCGGGAAGUCACUCAACGACUCAGUCUGACCUAUGACGUUAUAGAUUCACUAAAUAGGAGUAUUUGGCGCUGUUGGUAUUUGACUAAGAGGACUAAAAUCUUCAGAGCGCUGGUGAUCCUAGUCUUACUCUACAGGUGUGAGACUUGGACACUGAACAGUGCUCUGAAGGCCUGA